AUGGACGUCGAAGAUCUGCGCCGCAUCGGCUUGCUGGAUCAUUGGGAGGCAUUGGACCGUAUUGCUUCAACGCCGCUGUCGGCAGAGGAUGUGGAGGAUGUGCUCGAAGCGGCAGAUGAUGUGACGCGAUCGCGCUGGAGCCCCGAAAAACUGGCGGAGCAGCUCCGGCUCCUGCCUGUGGCGGGCCUCUUUCCAGAUCUCUGUGCAGAGGUGGUCGAGAUUUUGGGGCGCUGGUACCAGCGCUUCAACCUGAAAACGUGGAGCCGCAUCGUCAAGGUCUGCAAGGGCUCGGCCCACCAGGUGCCAUGUGUGCUCAAGGAGUUGAACGAAAGUGCUCCUGUCAUUCAGAAAGUGCGGAGCUGGGUCGAUUCCCUGCCGACCACGGCCCCGAAGGCCUGCAUCGUCGACUUGGGUGCAGGCUUCGGAUUCUUGUCGAUGCUCUUGGCCGAGCUGCUUCCCGCGGAGCGUGUGGCGAAGUUCUUCCUCCUUGACAUGACAUACCCCAACCUGGGAGUGGGAAACUCCAGUGGUUCCACCUCCAUCGAACAUCUAAAGGUGGGUUGGAAGAUCCCCAUGUACACUCUAAAGGUCGACCUCAAAAAGAAGACGACCCUCAACCAGCUUGCUGCCCGCGUCUUUCGCGCGCCCGUCUCGGAGGAGGAUACUCGAUGGGCGCCAGUGUAUGCAUGCGGCAUUCACCUAUGCAAUACACUAGGGAUUCGUGCUGCGCAGCUCUUCAACGAGAACGUCGAUGUGCGUGGUUUUGCUUUCGUCCCAUGCUGCUUUCCGACGUCGCGACACCUUACACAGGACGUGAUUUACCAGUUGGGCGAACAUCAGUUUGCCGCGCGAGACUUCCUGGAUGCAAAGAAGAUGCCUUCGAACAAUGACCGCUUUUCUCGCUGGGCAGAGCACAUCCUAGAGGGUAUCGAUCCUGGGCCCGCCGGUUUCAAAGGCCUCGAACGGCACCGGCUUGUCCGGCCACGUCGGGGAAUGUUCGCACAGGACGUUUACAUCUUCGCAGAGCGGCCGCUCGAGGCCUUGCCCCAUGCGCCGUGGCAGCGCAGGGAGGAGCCGGAGGGGCGGGGCAAGGCCGUUGUCAUUUGGGCCAAGUACGGGCACGGCAAAGCCCGAAAGCGCGAAGUCCGCGAAGAGCGCGAAGCCGAAAAGGUUCAGUUGCCCAAGACAUGGCAACGCAUAGCGGCGCCAGGCCAGUGCCGGGGCAACAUCCAAGCGGCCUCCGGCUCCCUGCGCGUCGGGACGGCUUCUCCUUCGAGGUCCCUGCUCCCCGCGCACUGGGCUCCAGUUCUGCUCCUCGCGUCCAGCGGACGUGCUUUGCGUCGUGUGAGUCGCCGUGCUCAGCCACAGAUGAGAGUUUUCGGCAUCUCAGAUGUGCAUACAGACUGGGAGGAGAACUUCGAUCACUUGGCGGCUUUGCCAGUGGGGCCGUUCAAGGACGACGCGCUGCUAGUGGCCGGCGAUGUCUCUCAUGACCUUGGAGUCUUGCAGAGAACCAUGAGGCUUCUCUUGGAACGCUUCGCCCACGUUUUCUUUGUGCCUGGCAACCAUGACGUCUACGUCGGUGUGGCAGCUCAGCCCCGCAGUGCCUCUUUCGCUUGCCCGUCAGACGGCAGCUGCAGCGGGCGACGGCCGAAGGUUUGGACUCGUCCUGUCCGCUUUCCUUCCCAGAAACUGACAAUUGUCCCGCUCCUCUCCUGGUACCACGAGGAAUUCGACUCAGAGCCGGAUGUCCCGAUGUGGUCCAAGGCUGCGGCGCGGAGACAUAGCCGAAUAGCGCUGCUUGGGGACGAGAUGGAGUGCAGCUGGCCUCCGCAACUCGGCAAGACGCCGGCAGAGCGCAACCUGAACUUGGCCCAGUGCUUCGAUGCAGCAAACGACAAGCACGCGACGAAGCAGGCGCUGCAGAGGCCUUCUUCUUCGAGCGCCAGCGUGGAGAUGGUGAGCUUCCAGGACGCGGUCGCAGCGAGGAGGCGCGGUGAACACGUGCUGUCGAUGUCACACUUCUUGCCUCGGCUAGAACUCUUGCCGGAAAAGCGAUUUCUCUACUUCCCUCAGUUGGCCAAAGCCUCCGGCUCCCGCUUCCUCGCAGAUCGCUUGUCCCGGCUCCAGCCAACGCUGCACCUUUUUGGCCACACGCACUUCGCAUGGGACCAGACGCUGAAGGGCGUGCGCUUUCUCCAAGCCGCGCUGGGCUCGCCAUCAGAGCGUCAGACACGGAAGCGGGUCCUGCAUCUGGAGGGCGGCGUUCCCACGCUUCUCUGGCGCGGUGCUAGGACGCCGCUGCCGGCGCCCAAAGCGGCCCUCUGGUCGGACUACUAUGCUCGGUACCGGCGGGCUCCGCGCAGCCCAGUGCCAGGACCAUGGCUACGCUUUGGGCGGCGACGCAGAUCUGCCAGGGUGCGAAAGGCCGUUGCAAAGAAGGACGGUGCUGGAAGUGCUACGGUGUGUCUCGUGUGGGAUUUGGGCGAGGAUCCCGCAGAGCAGAUGGAUUUGUUGAGUUCAGAUGAGCGACAAAGAGCUGAGAGUUUCAGCUCCGACGGUGCUCGGAAGAGAUUCGUUUGGAUGCGAGCUUCCUUGCGAUGCAUGCUGGCAGAACGCUUGGGUCUCGAUGCAUCGAGUAUCAAGUUUCAGUAUGGCAUGCACGGCAAGCCUUCUUUGGCAGCUCCUUUAGCUGCGCAGCGCUGCAGUUUCAGCGUAUCGCAUUCUGGGGAGGUGGGGGCGCUCCUUUUGUUCACGCCCGAGCAGUCGGAGCCAGGACGCCUGGCUGCGCCUGUCGGUGUUGACCUCGAGCUGCAUCGGCCCAGGCCGUUCCGGAGACUGGCCGAACGCUUCUUCACAUCUUCUGAGGUGGAGUCUUUGGAUCAGGCAUCCUCCGAUCCUGACGACAUGCUGCAACGCUUCUUCGAGAUGUGGACAAAGAAGGAAGCGUGGUUAAAGUCUUUGGGCACUGGCCUAGCAGGCGGUCUGCACAACUUGGACUGCUCUGUGGCCGGCGAUGUAGAAGCGAUGAUGCAGGCUGUCGACGGCUCUGACGCUUCCGAGCCGUCGAAGUACGUUGUGUCCACAUUGCGAGAGGUGCCCCUGAAGCAGCACAGUCCGCUUCUCAAGCAGUGGAGUGCGAAAGGCUUGAAGGAGCAAGUUUUCCAGACAGGUUGGGCGAGGCUUCACAGGCGUGCGUUGGCAGUUUCAAGCAACCUGGUCCCAGGUUUAUCCGUUGCCGUGCCAUGUGGCACGCCGUUGCACUUCGACAACAUGUCGAAGGCGGGUGCACUGGCAGAGUCACCGGUUUUGGAGCCCAAAGUCGUUGGACAGGCCCCUGCCAAGCGCCCAGCUGCGUCCACUGCCGGUGCGGCAGCGAAGAAGGCCAAGGGCCCGGCCAUCGGCAAAAUGUGCAAGGAGAUUGCGUCUGCGCUGAAGUCCAGCAGCUACCCGAAGCAUGUCAUCGAGAUGUUGAGCCACAGCCUGCCUCUCUGCUUGGGCGAGACGAAGGAGGAGAGGCACGAGUUCCAGGCUCGCACUGUCGCGAUGACGGCGGAGGUGCUCGCAUCUGUCCAGGCGGACCUCGAGUCCAAGAUCUCCGGUGCCGAGGAGAAGAUCGCAUCUGGAGAUGCAGAGAAGACCAAGCGAGAGGCUGCUGUGGAGGAGACCAAAAAGGCCGUUGAAGAGAAAGCCGCCGUCAUGGAGACGACCAAGAAGGAGGCCGAGGUGGCCGCAGAGGAGCUCAGCGCCGCUGAAAAGGCCCACAAGACGGCCGAGCAGGAGCAGAAGGCCGGUGACACGAAGCUUGUCCAGGCAGAGACGAAGAAGGAAAAGCUGGAGACAGUGAUGACAUCGGUCUUCGUCCCGUGCAAGGAUGGUACCGUGGAGGCCAGCUCCAAGUCCAAGGCCAUCCAGGAGAUCACCAAGCUCGGUCGCUCCGAAGGCUUCGACACAGCGCUGCUGACAUCUCUGCCGUCCGCGCUGGACAAGGAGCCAGCAGCUCGCGGCACCUUUGACCACGUGGUGGUGAAGCAGGUCGAGGAUGAGUUGCAGAAAAGGCUCGGUGAGCUGAGCGAGACCCUGGCAGCAGGCGCCCCCGAGCGGGAGGCGCGUGCGCAGAAGGUGUCUAUUGCAGCCGCGCAGAAAGAGGCGGCGAAGGUCAAGGGGAGGGAGCGUGCUCUCGCCCUGCCAUUCAAGAACAAGGGCAAGGUCGCAGCCCUACGCGCCCUCACCAACCUCGCUCUGCCGGGGGACAUCGGGGGGAACGGCGUUUUACCCGGCCGAGCCGAUCAGCCGCAAGGGGGCGACCUAGUGAAGCACGCCGGGGAGAACAACAUGGCGACAGGGGCAGGACUCGAGAUGCAAGUAGACCACCAGGGGAAUUCCCCCACGAAAAGACGUGCGCCGGACAAGCAAGAAGACCUCGCACUAAACAUCGACAUCAUCCGGGAAGCCAUUCGGGGGGAACUCAAAGAUGCCCUCUCCGAUGUCAAACAAGACCUGCGCUCCUUUGCCACGCGGGUGGACAACGUUGAAAACCAGGUGACCAGGAAGAUGCAGCAGACCAUCAACCUCCUUGACGAUAUGACCACCAAGUAUGCAAGCCACGGGGACAUCCUGCAGCAACUCCAGGAAGCCAACAAGGAAGUGAACCUCCGCCUUGAGCGCCUCGAAAAAGGGGGGGGAGCUUCGUCCGAGGCCGCAAUGGACGUGCUGAAAGCGGUGGAAGCCCCCAUCGCGUUGGAUUCGAUGUUUGUUCCGGGCGUCCGUCGGGGAUAUGCCAUCGUCCCCAUCGACGACCGCCUGGGGGAGCACUUCGAGCAGCGCAAGCAGCGCAUCCAAGACGUCAUCGCCAAGGUGAGGGAAGCGAACAUACAACUGGGGAGACGCCCUGACGGGGGGACCAAACGCGUCUGGAUCGCUAUGAGCCAACCACCUGAUCGACGCCGCAGAGCACGCUUGGCAGCCAAAGUAAAGCGUUUGUACCUCACCUUGGGGGGGAACAAAGACGCACUGCAAAUGGAGUUCAGCACUGGAACCGCCUGGGUCGACAGCGUGAAGGUCAGCUCAGCCACAGCCCCGAAGCCUGGGGGGACAGAGGACGCUGGCCCUGGAUGGGUCAACCUAGCGGAAAUAGCCAAAGCUACCAGGACCACACAACAGGCAGUCUCGGCAGCCUGGUCUCCGCUCAACGCGGAGAUCAACUGA